AAUACGCGAACCACUGGCCACACUUAAACGCUUGGUGUGCGUUUUGUGUAAAUUUUUGUUUUGUUAGACCCGGCUUUUCCUAACUAACAACCCAAAAUGGAUCUGGUGGAGCUGCUGCAGCAGGCCCAGCGCCUAACAAACGAGACAAAGAUGGACACUGAAAUGCCGGGUGUAGAGAGAACCAUGUCCCAGGUUCUGCAAGCCACUCAGGAGCUCCACUCGCGUGUCACUCAGACGGGUACCAACGACCUGCAGGCCCAUAUAUUGCUCGGCUCCAAGGGCGUAGACUUGCCUAGGCUGACACAGAAGCUGGAGACGCUUAGCGCACGCCAAUCCUUCGAACCACUCGAUCCCGUCACGGACACCGAUGUCCAAGGCUAUCUAAAGAACGAGCGAGAGAACGCCAUACUGUCUGUCAUCGAGGAGACAAACAGAAGUAUUUUCGAGUGUGUGAACCGUCAAAAGUGGCGCUGCGUCUAUGCGGAAUGGGGCGAGGAUAAGGAGGCGCUGCUAAACGCUUUGGUGGGUCCGUCCCAGCAGGACUUUCCCGGCGUGCAGCGCCAGAUGGUGCCAACGUCCAUGGCCGAUGAACCCACUCCGUUCACACGGAUGACUGCCAUCCAGCAGUUAUAUGCUAAACAUAUCACCGCCUACAACGAGUCAGUUAUUCAGGGGACUCAGCACCCAAAACUGGUGUCGACACUUUCCAAAUUGGCCGCGGACUCCUUUGACGAUCCACAGGUCUCUGAAAUGUGGAGCGUUCUGGAAUUUAUGUCCGCUGUUUCGCAAGUAACUCGCAGCAAUGAUCCGAUAAAGAAUCGCCAGAGUCCGGAAUUCGUCCAGCAGGCACGCACAUAUCUGGAGUUGAGAUAUAAGACAUAUAUGAACAGGGUUAUUGAGAAAAACUUGGCGCUGGCCCGUCGUGGAGGAAUUCCUGACGUAUAUCAUCUGGUGAGCUCUUAUGUGGCCGUCACUUUCCAAAAGCCGCAAUCCCUCUAUGGAUUGCUCGAUGUAAACAAUGGUCGACCAUUGUGGCCAUUAGUUUACUAUAGUUUGCGUAGUGGCGAUAUGGGUGCGGCUAUUAGAUACCUCAAGGAAUCGGGAACUUGCCCUGAUCUAGUCAAGCUGAUGACGCUGCAGAAGAUGGGUAGCAACGACACCUCAACGGCCAAGCUGGAGGGUCAACUGAAGCUUGAGUACAGCUCCAAUAUGAACGAUUGCACAGAUUCCUACAAAAGGGCGGUUUUCGUCAUCAUGCUGGCCUGUGAUACUCACGAUUCGCAUGGGGAACUGUUGAGCAGCAUUGACGAUUUCUUGUGGAUACAGCUUUCCACCCUGCGCGUCGAGGGUAAGCGCGAUUACAACAAUGACCAGCUAACCUACAGUGAUCUGCAAAUGCUCAUCCUGGAAAAGUACGGGGAGAAUUACUUUAAUGCCCGUGAGAAGGCACCGCUUUACUUCCAAGUGCUUACCCUCACUGGCCAGUUUGAGUCCGCACUUGAGUUCCUGGCUCGAACGGAGAUAAAUCGACCUCAUGCAGUGCACAUGGCCAUUGCUCUUAACGAGCUCGCCAUGCUAGGAUCACCCCGUUCCAUAAGUGAACCACUAUUAAGCUCCGAAUCCAAUGACCCAAAGCCCAUGAAACGACUCAAUCUGGUGCGACUGGCCAUCAUGUAUGCCAAAUGCUUUGAGCAGACAGACACCGAACAAGCACUGCAGUACUACUACCUAUUGCGCGACUUCAAAUGCGAGGACGGAAUCAACGCAUUGCUCAGUUGCGCUAGUGAUCUGAUUGUAGAAAACUGCGACGCUAAGAUGCUAGAGUUGGUUUUCGGGGUCGAGGAUGAACACAACUCGUUCCGUCGCUCAGGCGGCAUCAUCGAAAAAUUCCACACGGCGGACUGCGAUAAGUAUCUGCUGGCCGAUAUGGUCGGAGAUGAGUUGUCCAAACGCAGCAACUACGAAUCGGCCAUCGCGCUCUUCUUUAUUGCCGGCCAGCUGGAAAAGGUAGUGCGUUUGGUGUGCUCCUUGCUGUCCCAGGUUGUGCAUCAGCCAGCGCGAGAAGGCAGCAUAAGGGAGCGAUUGGGUGUGAUCACUGCACGACUGGACACGGCGCUGGUGGAGCGCAAAAAGGAUGUGGACCCUCAUUUAAUUGUCACAUACACAAUGCUAGCGCAGUUAAUGGAGUUUUUCGAUCACUAUCACGCGGGUGCAUCAGGUUUAGCAGCGGAAAUCGUAACCCAAAACCAUAUAAUACCUACCAGUCCCCUUGAAGUGGACGAGUGCGUGAUAAAUUUGAAGUACAUGGGCCCAGAGGUCAUCAAGGUACUGCCAGAUGUUCUGCUGGCAUCCAUGAACAUUGUCUACGAGGAGUAUGUAAACAUAAGGGGGACGACGGGGUCAGGUUCGGUUUACGGCGACGACAGCAAAAGCGAUAACAAGGAUUCUGUCCUUGCCCACUUGCGCGGCAGAGCCAAGGCACUGACCAACCUGGCCGCCUGUGUUUCCUACCGCAUGCCAGCGACCACCAACCAACGGCUCGUUCAGCUGGAGAUCCUUAUGCACUAGCACGUUAACUCCUUACUUAGCGAUCGAUUCGGAUUAAAGCUGUUUUUUUAUAUAUUAUAAUAACAUUUUUGAGUUGCUCUAUCUACAAGAAGAAGCCAUUAACGACGUCUGGUGAGGAGCACUCUAAAAUUAAAAUAAAGGAAAGUUGGCUAGUAGUAUUUUGUAAACAAGAAAUGCGACAUCCUUGAUUUUUUGAAUACAUUAUCCAUAACAGCAAUUAAUAAUAUAAGACUGUCAUAUCAGAAUAUAAUAUUUUAUUGCAUAUUUUGAGACACCGUUGCUAUUGCUAUGAAACCUCAAGAGGUCUCAGGAACACCCGACAGGACAUAUUUGAAAAAGUCUUUUUAAUAUAUGAGAAUAUAGUAUUGCCAACAAUUACUGCCAAAUUGUCAGAGAUUUCACAGGAAUCCAUUACAUAGUUUUGUUUUUUUUCUUCUAACAGAUCCCCGUUUCGAGAUCCUCAUGCACUGCCAUAAAAAUAAUAAUAAAAAAGCCACUUACUUAGCGAUCGUUUCGUAUAAA